ACCGGAGAUAUCCCGAUGUGUUGGAGAAUCUCAUUCCGGGAAAUCCAACUUCUGAGGAGGUUGCGGCACAAAAACGUCAUCCAGCUGGUGGACGUGUUGUACAACGAAGAGAAGCAGAAAAUGUAUAUGGUGAUGGAGUACUGCGUGUGCGGCAUGCAGGAGAUGCUGGACAGCGUGCCCGAGAAGCGCUUCCCCGUGUGCCAGGCCCAUGGGUACUUCUGCCAGCUGGUGGACGGCCUGGAGUACCUGCACAGCCAGGGCAUUGUGCACAAGGACAUCAAGCCAGGCAACCUGCUGCUCACCACGGGUGGCACCCUCAAGAUCUCCGACCUGGGUGUGGCCGAGGCCCUGCACCCCUUUGCCGAGGACGACACGUGCCGGACGAGCCAGGGCUCCCCAGCGUUCCAGCCCCCUGAGAUCGCCAACGGCCUGGACACCUUCUCUGGCUUUAAGGUGGACAUCUGGUCGGCUGGGGUUACUCUCUAUAACAUCACGACAGGCCUGUACCCAUUCGAGGGGGACAACAUCUACAAGUUGUUUGAGAACAUCGGGAAGGGAGACUACACGAUCCCGGGUGACUGCGGCCCCCCGCUCUCGGACUUGCUGAGAGGGAUGCUGGAAUAUGAGCCAGCCAGGAGGUUCUCCAUACAGCAGAUCAGACAACACAGCUGGUUCCGGAAGAAGCACCCGCCAUCAGAGGAGCCCGUGCCCAUCCCGCCAAGCUCGGACUGCAAGGACCGCUGGCGAGGCAUGACGGUGGUGCCCUACCUGGAGGAUCUGCAUGGCUGUGCGGACGACAAUGGGGACGAGGACCUGUUCGAUAUCGAGGACGACAUCAUCUACACUCAGGACUUCACGGUGCCCGGUGGCGAGGAGGCGUCUGAGGCAGGGCUUAGAGAGGAGAGAGGACAGGUCCCAGAAGAGGAGGCUAGUCAGAACGGGCAGAGCCGGGGCCCGCCCAAAGUCGUGUGCGUGAACGGCACGGAGUCGGCGCAGCUGAGCGCCAAGUCGAAGGUGGAGCGCCGGGCCAGCGCCGCCUCCAACCCCACCCGCAAGGCCUGCUCGGCCAGCAGCAAGAUCCGCCGGCUGUCGGCCUGCAAGCAGCAGUGAGGGUCGCCGCCCGCAGCCCGUCUCAUCCAGGUGCCACGGCCCAGGUCCUCAGUCUUCCCGCCGACCGCCGGCCCACGUCUGCUGCCCAGAAAGGCCACCACCACACCCUCCUUGCCGACUGCCCCUCAGGAAUCCAGGGGUCCUGGAGGGCCAUGGCUGGGGGACAGCAGGGACUGGGGACUGGCCUUCCCCUCAUGGCCGGUGAACACGGCCUCUCACUGACUUUGCAGCCCUGCGCUGAGCCCCCUCCCCGGGCCUCGGGAGGAGGGAGAGCGCCGGCACGCGGGCCCCGCGGGAAGCCCCUGCCAUGCACUUUACGUUCAGACUACUGGUCCUCGCCCCACCCCUGACUUCUUUUUACUCUGCUCCACGUUAGCGCCUCCCACACCUAGUGAUGUGUUCGGACGAACCACAGCCACAGCCGGAGCCAGUAGAAGAACAGGGCCGUCAACCAAGAUGCAUGCCCAGAGCCCAAGGGAGCCAGGCGGCUGCCUUGUCUUUGUUGUUUGGUUGGUUCCUUUCCCUUUUUCUAAGAAAAAAUAAAGCAGGUGGAUUUGA